AGGAGAACUUGCUACUUUCUAGCCAGUUGGCAGAUAGAGAGAGAGAGAGAGCGAGCAAGAGAAUGCUAGGGCGCAUGCGUGCAGUGCUUGGGCAUUCUGCAUGGAAUAGCGCCUUCUCAUAGCGCCUCUGCCUGGAACGGCCAGCGUAUGUGCUGACGACUCAGGUCCAGUUGGGUCAGGAGACUCUAAGCUCAGUUCUUUGCCGUCCUGGAGCAGCACCACCAUGCCUGGUCCGCAAUCUCCGAGAGCACCAGCAGGGAGAAGCCGUCACGGUGUCCCUGCCACAAAGGGCACGCUCAGGAUCCUGGCUCAGCCUCGCUCCUCAGCACCAGCGUGUGGACUGGGCAAGAUUUUAAGCAAGGCGUGGCCACCCACCAGGAAAAGCCUAGCCUCAAGAGCAUCCCUCCAACAGCCAGACCUGCUGGAGCAGCAGGGCGAGCCCAUCCUCCAGAGCCCGGUGGUGCUGACCCAGGGCCCCGAGACCAAGCAGAGGCAUCUCUUCCUCUUCAGGGACUGGCUGGUCAUCGCCAAGCGGAGAUCUUCCAAGAGCUACGGACUCAAACAGAAGCUGCCUCUCUCUGACUUGGGGGUAGUCUCCUGUGACACAGGGGAAGAGCAGGAGGAGGACAAAGAUGGUGGUCUCAUCACCCGUGGAGGAAACGCUAUCUUCUUCAUCAUGGCCUCCGACCCAUGUGUCACCGAGUUCCCGUGAGUGCCAGCAAAUUCAGUUGCAGGUUUACAACCCUGAGAUCCUCCAGAGGGUCCCAGGGCUUUAAUUAACACAUGACUGUUACAACGAACAGAGUGUGAAAAUGUCCUCUCGAAGAUCCACAGGGAGGGUCUGCGUUAUCAUUAGAAGAGGGCUCCCUCAGAGCCGAUUUUUGCUUUUUCCUGCAUUUCAUCCAAAUGAAUUGCUUUUAAAGAAAUAAAAGAAGCAAGCUGUGGGCAAAGAUAAGAAAGAAGAAGAACAGUUGAUUUUGGUAAUUUAACUGCUGAUUCUAGGAUUCAGGCUAACUAUUAGCUUUAUUUCCCUGUGAAAGGUUUAGUACAUAAAUGAUGCCAUUUCUUUUCCUUAAAGGAGAUUUGUGAGCAUGUAACCCAGUGAGAGAGCCUGUCACAUAGGAAGUUGAGCACAGGAACGAGACCUGCUCCCUCUCCCAAUCUUUCAUGAGAUGAUUCAGAGUGACCUCUGGGGAGGGUUCCCCUCCCCAAAGAAUCAAAAUGGGGAUGUUCCUUUCUUUAGUACAGAUCAUACCUCUAGAAGCCCCCUUACGGAUCACAGGAUUCUGAUGUGCGUAGAAGUGCCAUAAGGAUGAUGAUACACACUCAAGCAUUGUUGUAAUUACUCCUCCUUUGCUUUGGGAAUGUUGUCCAUGUUAGCUGUGUCAAAGGGACAAAAACCUCAAAAAGGGCAGCGCUUGUUCCUUCAUCGUGGGACCGGAAGGUAACGUAAAUAUAGGUCCAUUUUGUCUUCAACGUUCUUUGCCCCCUUGACCCUCAUAAGCAACACACAGUGCUGAGUCUCCUUCCAUCUUCAUCUGCACAGAACCGGGGAGCUCCCAUCUACAACUUGCUGUUGGCCUGGCAGAUAAUAGCAGUCAUUUGUGCAAUUCUGGAGAUUUCUCUGAAGCCUUCUUUGUCCCCCCCCCUCACCAUGCAAACCCACCCAUGCUCUUGGUCGGCAGGAGGAGCCAUCUGACUUUGAGACCCCUGAACAGUGCUCCUGUGUUGCUCACACAUUAGGGACUUACAGUCUGCUGGUCACCCUUUGUUAACAUGCUUUAACUUUAAACAGGGCUUCGGAUUAAGGAAUUCCAGACACCUCUGGAGAGACCUUGUAUACGGGACUCUCUCAGCGCAUUUCAUCAGCUGUGUCCUUCCCUGUCUGGACAGUCCACCCUGACUCAUGUUCUCCCAGGCUGAGAAGGUGUGAGGAUUUUGAAAGGGCCUAGAACUUGAAGCCAAAAAGUCCUACAUUGGAAUCCAGGAUCUGUCUUUUCCUGCCUAUUUUCCACGGGCAAAUUUCAAACUCUGAACCUCAGUUUCCUCACCUGUUAA